AUGAGCAAUUUUUUCUUUAUUUCCUUCACUGUCUCCUCUCUUUCUUUACUUCUCUCGCCUCACCUCUCUCCUCUCUUUCAUUACUUCUCUCUCCCCUCUCUCUCAUUUUCCUUCUCUGUCUCCUCUCUCUCUCUUUCCUUCUCUGUCUCCUCUCUCUCUCUUUCCUUCUCUCUCUCCUCUCUCUCUUUCCUUCUCUGUCUCCUCUCUCUCUCUUUCCUUCUCUGUCUCCUCUCUCUCUCCUUCUCUGUCUCCUCUCUCUCUCUCUCUUUCCUUCUCUGUCCUCUCUCUCUCUUCCUUCUCUGUCCUCUCUCUCUCUUUCCUUCUCUGUCUCUCUCUCUCUCUCUCUUUCCUUCUCUGUCUCCCUCUCUCUCUCUUUCCUUCUCUGUCUCCUCUCUCUCUUCUCUGUCUCCUCUCUCUCUCCUUCUCUGUCUCCUCUCUCUCUUUCCUUCUCUGUCUCCUCUCUCUCUUUCCUUCUCUGUCUCCUCUCUCUCUUUCCUUCUCUGUCUCCUCUCUCUCUUUCCUUCUCUGUCUAAUUACUUUUCUGUCCCCUUUAUCUCUUUUUCCUUCCCCGUCUCCUCACUCACACACUCUUUCAUCCUCUGUAUCCUCUCUCUUUCUACUGUGUGUCCUCUCUCUCUCUCUUUCCUUCUCCAUCUCCUUUCUCUCUACUUCUCUAUAUCCUCUCUCUCUUUACUACUCCAUAUCCUCUUUCACUCUCUGUCUUCCUCUGUAUCAACUGUCUCCUUCCCCAUUUCCUCUCUCUCCCUCUUCUCUUUCUUCCCUUUCCUCUCUCUGUCCCCUCUUUUCAGCUGUCUCCCUUCUCCCCUCUCUCCUCUUUCUUUCCCCAUCUUCUCCUUCUCCUCCCUCUUUCCUUCCCAGUCUUCUCCCUCUCCUCCUCUUUCCUUCCCCGUCUUCUCCCUCUCCUCCUCUUUCCUUCCCCGUCUUCUCCAUCUCCUCCUCUUUCCUUCCCCGUCUUCUCCAUCUCCUCCUCUUUCCUUCCCCUUCUUCUUCCCUUUUUCCUCUCUCUAUCCUUCUUCUUCUCUUCACUCAUUCUCUCUUUACUUUUCCAUCUCCUUUCUUACUUCUCUGUAUACUCUCUCUUUACUUCUCCAUAUCUUCUCUUUCUCUCUUUCCUUCUCUGUCUCCUUUAUCACCUUCCCUGUCACUCUCUCUCUCUACUUCUCCAUCUCCCCUGUCUCCUUCCCCAUUUCCUCACUCUUUCUAUCUCUCCUCUCUGUGUCCUUCUCUGUCUUUCCAUUUCUGUCUCUUCUCUCUUCCCAUUUCUUUCCUUGUUUCUUUCUCUGUCUCCCCUUCUCUUUCUUUUUCUUUCCCCUCUCUAUCUCAAUAUCUAUUGUUUCUCUCCUUUUUAACUCUUUCUCUUCUGACAGUACCUGUUUUUCUUUUCCCUUUAUUUUCUUCUCUAUUCUUUUCCUUUACGCUUUCUUUCAUUUCCUAUUCUUUAUUUUCCUCUAUCAUUUCUUUCACAUUCUACAUGUCUCUGUGUUUGUCUCCUGA